AUGGUUCACAUAUCCAGAGUCCGCAAGGACUCGGUUGCUUUCCCUCCUAAGCUCCUCAAUCGUGUCGACACCUUAGAUCUUGAGGAGCCACAGGACCAUGAUUUCUACUCUAGCGUCUAUGGUUCUCGAUUUGCGGCUGAGGAUCUGCCUACUGAUGAAAUGCCGGAGAAGGAGAUGCCCAAGGAGGUCGCUUAUCGAAUGAUCAAGGAUGAGCUCAGCCUGGACGGCAAUCCCAUGUUGAAGUACGUCCUGGCUGUCGUCAUUCUCUUCAUCUACCGUGUUAUCCUGGCUGACUUAGAUCAUGUUUAUAGUUUAGCGAGUUUCGUUACCACAUAUAUGGAAGAUGAAGCUGAAAAACUCAUGACCGAGUCAUUCAGCAAGAACUUCAUUGACUAUGAGGAAUACCCCCAGUCAGCCGACAUUCAGAACCGCUGUGUCAAUAUGAUUGCACGUCUCUUUCAUGCCCCCGUUGGUGAAGGUGAACACGAGCAUGACCACGCUAUGGGAACUUCUUGCAUCGGAUCUUCCGAGGCUAUUAUGCUAGGAACCCUCGCCAUGAAGAAACGCUGGCAGAAUCGCCGGAAGGCAGAGGGCAAAGAUUGCUCUCGCCCAAAUAUCAUUAUGAGCAGUGCCGUCCAAGUCUGCUGGGAAAAGGCCGCCAGAUACUUCGACAUCGAGGAGAAGUUCGUGUACUGUACUAACGAGAGAUAUGUUCUCGACCCUGAAGAAGCUGUUAAUCUGAUUGAUGAAAAUACCAUUGGUAUCUGCGUUAUUCUGGGAACCACUUAUACCGGUCAGUACGAGGACAUCAAGGCCGUCAAUGAUCUCCUUGUCGAGAAGAAAAUAGACUGCCCUAUCCACGUUGAUGCUGCUAGUGGUGGCUUUGUCGCCCCCUUUGUUAACCCAGGUCUUGAAUGGGAUUUCCGCCUUGAGAAGGUUGUGUCUAUUAAUGUAUCUGGACACAAAUAUGGCUUGGUCUACCCUGGCGUUGGAUGGAUAGUCUGGAGAUCCACAGAAUACCUCCCGCAAGAGCUGGUAUUUAACAUUAACUAUCUCGGUGCCAACCAGGCGAGCUUCACCCUCAACUUCUCCAAGGGUGCCUCCCAGGUCAUUGGCCAGUACUACCAAAUGAUCCGCCUCGGAAAGAGAGGAUACCGUGCUAUAAUGCUUAACCUUACUCGCACUGCAGACUAUCUCGCGGCCUCCCUCAAGGAACUUGGAUUCAUCAUAAUGAGCGAUGGCAAGGGGCGUGGUCUACCACUUGUGGCCUUCCGUCUCCCCCCAGAGACAGCCGAGAAGUAUGAUGAGUUCGCCAUCGCCCAUCAACUGCGUGAACGUGGCUGGGUUGUACCGGCCUAUACCAUGGCCCCUCAUAGCGAGAAGCUGAAGCUCAUGCGUAUCGUUGUUCGCGAGGACUUCAGUCGUAGUCGCUGUGACAGCUUGGUCAAUGACUUCAAGCUCGCUCUUGCCCAGUUAGAAGAGAUGGACAAGAAGGCACUGGAGAAGUACCGCGAGUAA